CAUUGUUGCUUUUAACCUUCCCACUGCCAGUUUUUAUCAUAAACUGUUUUGCUUCCUUGAAACAUUAUGCCUUUUAAAACAACUAAUUGCUCGACAGGGGCAGUCAUCUAGAGCAAAACCCCGUUCCAGAAAAGGGAACUAAGAUGGAACUCAUACUAGUCAUCAUUAGUGACAGACAAACUAAAGCAGAACCAAAACAAACAAUGGGGCUGAUCUCCAGGAGGUUGGUCCACAUUGUACAUUGGCUUAAACAAAUGUUCAGUCAAGCUCAGCUUCAGAAAUCAUCUGCCUCCAAGAGACUGUGAUCCUUGGAAACCAAGGCCACUCCUUUUCCCCCAGGGAGAUCUUUGUUGGUGGGGUUACCAUACCAACCAGGCCAGGAGCAGCACUGGCAAAGACUUGGGCGCAGCUCUCCCUUCACCGUGUCACUGCUGCAAAUACUGUGAAGGCCAGUUCGUUCCCGUGUAGACAUGAAUGUCAUCCUUUUCAGAGACACCCAAGUGAAGAUAAUGGAGAAUACAAUUGCCAACGCAGAGGAAUACUUUGGCAAAUUCUGCAGUCUGAUGGCUGCUUAUACCUGUAAGACUGCCAAGCUCCGGGACAAGUCAGAUGUUUUGGUGAAACAGCUCAUGGACUACGGAAACACGGAAAAUCCUGAGCUGCGAACAAGUGUGAAGAACUUUGCUGAGGAACUAGCCAGAGUGCAGGACUACAGGCAAGCAGAGGUGGAGAGGCUGGAAAAGAAGGUCAUUGAGCCCCUCAAGGUGUAUGGAGUGCUUAUCAAGCAAGCCAGGGCUGAGCUUAAGAAGUUCAAAAGCGCCCGGAAGAAUGAAAUAAAGCAGUUAGAGAGGCUGGAGAAGAUCCGACAGAAGCCACCCUCCGACCAGCAUAUGAUUUCACAGGUUGAGUCUCAAGCACACAAAGCAUCUGUGGACGCAAGCCGGACCACUCAACAGCUCAAAGAGACCGUAGAUGCGUUUCAGGAGCAGAAGCUAAAAGACAUCCAGAAAAUCUUCUUAGAUUUCACCACCAUCGAGAUGGUUUUCCAUGCAAAAGCCCUGGAGGUUUAUUCCCAAGCAUUCCAAACUCUGGAAAGCUACAAUGCGGAGAAAGAUCUCGAGGAUUUCAGAGCAAAAAUACAGCUGGCUUCCGGAAGGUUCUCCGACUCCAGUCUAACCAUGGCCACCAACCCAAUCUCCAGCCUUCCGUGGUCCACAGGAGCGCAGAGCGUCCCCACCACACUCCAGAAGCUGACAUUAGUGGAGACUGAGGAAGGAUCUGAAGCAGACCAGACCCAAGAGUUCAGCACCACUCAGCACUCCCAGAUCUGGCAGGUAGCCAGCAGGGCCCCCUGACUAAGUUCUCCAUUCACGAAUUUAGACAUUGACGGUUCCCCAGCUCAACUUUCUCUGCGCUUUGGUUUUUCCUCCAGAUCAGCACCAUCUCUCUGUUCUGCGCUCUCGAACCUGGCGUCAAAAUAAAACCUUUGUUUUCA